AUGAAUAAUACUAUAACAGAACCUCCUCUAACACAGCAUUUGGCCGACAAGGAGUUCUGGAAUAGGGUGAAACAAGUUCCAAUUUUUGGCUAUUUUCCUUGCCAUACUCAAGCGGUGGAGAAAUGUGUAAAAAUAGUUACAGAUGCGUCAAUAAAAGUGUGUGGUGAAGAAUGUAGAGAUGGUUGCAUUCGAGGAAAAUUAGAUGCCAGAAGGAAUUUGCCGAUAUUUGAAAAUAAAUGUCAAUGA